AUGCCGGAUAUUGCGUUUCGAAACGAACUUAUCUUUGACGGGACGCUCAUCAAAGACCCCGAGUCAGCUGUCAUCGAUGGCACGGGCUGCACUCUCCUGCCCAGCCUCAUCGACUGCCAUGUCCACAGGUCGCAGUCCGAGGAGCUAGACCUGUACGGCAGUCACAGCAUCGCAGCGGUGCUAGCCUCGCCGUGCGUGCGAGGGUCCAGGCAUGAUAAUAUGUUCAACAGCACGGAAUUGCCGACCCCACCCGUUGAAGAUAAAGAUGACGCGGCUGAGUUCGUGCAAGUUCUGAUCGCGGAGGGGGCGGGGGGGCGGGGGGACAACAUCGAGAUUAGCGCCGAUGAGGCCGGGUUCAGCCAGAUCAUGCUCAACAAGUUUGCGGCAAGCUGA